UUAUGGUGAAAUGUGAGGUGACAGGCUGCAGCCGGAAGCCCUGCUUGAAUUAGCUUGAUUGUCAGAGUGGAGAAAUAUUCAGUCAGCGGCUCCGAACAGCAGGUCCUUGUGUGUGGUGUUUUUGUAGAGGACCAUCAUGUCCUCGGAUUUGCUGGUGGACCUGCAUGAUGAUCUGGGUGGAGAUGACUCUCCCAGUGCUGCCCUGGACCAGCUCAAGCUGGUGCAGGACAAACAGUGGCCACCUGAUGACCCAGUCAGCUUCAGCAAGUCUGCUACAGACAUUAAGAGUCUCAGUGAAGGCUCCCACCUGGCACGGGAUGACCCAUUCUAUGACAUUGCAAAGCAUCAGAUAGUGGAAGUAGCAGGUGAUGAUAACUUUGGCCGAAAAGUGAUCGUGUUCAGCGCCUGUCGCAUGCCCCCCCACAGUCAGCUAGACCAUCAUAAACUACUCAUGUACCUGAAGCAGACGCUAGAUAAGUAUGUGGAGAGUGACUACACACUUAUUUACUUCCACCAUGGCAUGACCAGCGAGAACAAGCUGUCCCUUAGCUGGUUGCGUGAUGCGUACCGCGAGUUUGAAAGAAAGUAUAAGAAGAACAUUAAGGCAUUUUACAUCGUCCAUCCAACAAUAUUUAUCAGAACCGUCCUCAUCUUCUUCAAACCACUCAUCAGCUUUAAAUUUGGCCGUAAGAUACACUAUGUAAACUACCUGAGCGAGCUGGAGGAGAUAGUGAAGUGUGAUCAGCUGGUGAUUCCCAGUCGAGUCAGAGCGUAUGAUGAUAAGAUCCGUCUCAACCUGAAGCCGUCUGUGGUCCCUGGUCCAAUAUCGCCACCCCGCAGCCCCCCUCUCCCAUUCCAGCAGUUUGGGGUGCCGCUCUCAGUGUUGAGAGAUAGAGGUGCAGAUGCUGACGGUAUUCCACUGGUGAUUCGAGACACUAUCAGCUUCUUGCAGGAGCAGGGUCUGCAAACAGAAGGAAUAUUCCGGCGGUCAGCUAAUGUCAGCCUUGUUAAAAACAUCCAGCUCAAAUAUAACUCAGGGGAGGAAGUGAAUUUCUUCCAGAUUGAGGAUGUCCAUUUGGCUGCUGUGAUCUUGAAGACGUUCCUCAGAGAGCUCCCAGAACCUCUUCUUACCUUCAGGCUCUACAAUGAUGUUGUCAAUUUUCAGAACGUGGACAGUGAGUCUCAAGUCGUAACAAUCCAAAACAUGCUGAGGUCACUUCCUGAGGAGAACUAUGCAACACUGCGAUUCCUCAUCCAGUUCCUUGCUCAGGUGUCAGCAGAGAGCGAAGCAAACAAAAUGACCAACACAAACCUGGCUGUUGUGUUCGGCCCUAAUCUGCUGUGGGGACAAGAUGCUGCCAUGACGCUGAGCUCCAUUGGACCAAUCAACAACUUCACCCGUACCCUGCUGGACCUGCAUGAAGAGGUCUUCGCCUAAUGAGGAGCAGCAGACCCCAUUUAGAGAUGUUUCCACUCUUUGUAACUCCGCCCAUCAUGCUGUGGCCCUCUCCUUCUCUCCUUUAGUGUUGCCAAAUGCAUGAGUGUUGUAAAUGGGUGAGGCUUCGCAGGAGUAAAACUGGCAGGUACAGAAUUUGUGUAGACUUCCGGUUUAAGAUAGUGUAUCCUUUUUUUUUUUUGUAAUUCAGACAAUCAGAAAUAUGACAUUGUUUAUUCCAUCAGUUUAUCCAUGUUUUUCCAGUUGUUUAUCAUUUAUACAGGUACUGGUAAGCCAGAGUUGUAGUUUAUCUGCUCUCAAACCAAAACACAUCUGCCUAGCUCAGUUUUGAACAUCUGUUUAAGAAGGUUAUGAAGGUUUAAAGAUUAUUUGGCGAUGAUUCUUUAACCCUUUCGGAAGGGUUUGUUGUGACCGAGAAAACCCCUUUCCUGGAAGAGCCAUAGUCUCAGCUAUGGGCCGAUUAUAGAUAGAUAAAGCACUAAUAAUCAAACUUGAAACACUUAUUUUAAACUUACAUUGCCUUUAAAAGCUCUAAGUUAGUCAUUAUUUUUAUUACAUGUAUAUUAUUUGUAUCAUCUUUUCUACUGUGUUGCUGUCAAUGAUUUUUUGUUUUUUGAACAAUUUGCUGUAGAUAGCUGCAGUCUGGUGGAGCAGGAGUCUUAAGGUUUUAAGACGAACACUUGUAUGAAGCAUCUGCGUACUAUAUACAAUUUAUAUUUCAUGUAUAACUUUGUCAUAUUAUUGCUGUUAUUAUUGUUAUUACACAUAAAUGUUCAGAUAAUCUCAGAUGUACUGAGAUACUUUAAAACGAGUCAGGGAUUAUAUGAAUGCUGUUGUAUUAUACAGUGUAAUGGCCGCAAUCUUAAGCAUGGUGGAGCUGAUCCUAAACCUGCACUCUCAGUGAGACACUUAUAAAGGGGAAUUCUGUUUAUUUAACUCUCCAUUUAUAUGUUAACAACUUGAUGUGGCUUGAUGUGAAGUGUAUUGUUUUAAAGAAACUUAAAAUCAGAAUAUUUCCAUCCACACAUACAGAGUUUGCAUACAGUUGCAUAAGAAUGCUUGCCCUGUAUGGGUGAAAAAUAACUCGAAAAAAAGAUAUCAAAACCACAAACCACAAACAAGAAAAAAAACACAAGAGGUCUAAUCCCAAAUUACAUACAAAUCACUAUACAAUGUUUUAUUCUUAUCUCAAAAUUACAGAUUUUUCUUUAUCCCAUUUUCUUCCCAAAUUCUGCUAUGCUGAUUACCCAACCUACUCAUUAGGACUAUUAUUAGUAGAAGGCCUCCUCUGAUACAUGUGAAGUCAGUAACCUCCUCUUUUCAAACUGCUGCUGAUGUAGCCCUACUGCACUUGGAAGAAAAGCACAGCAACCCAGCUCUGAUAAAUAAGCUAACAGACGCCUGUGCUGGCUGACGUCACCUUGGGAGUGAUGUGGGGAGAGAGCAAGGCCAAAUAUGUUCUCUCAGACUCAGGCUGCUGAUAGCAAGCUGCAUGAUCGGGAUUUGAAUCUGCGAUCCUUGGCUCAUAGUGGCAGUGCUUUAGUCCACUUGGAACACUCAGAGAGCUUAUUUUUGUUUUAUUUAUUGGUUUGACAUGCAGACGGUAUACAUACAUACAUACCAACAAUAAAUUAAUUAAAUAAAUACAAAUCCAUCACGUGAAAUUUGGUCAUAAACCAAAAUAUGAGACCAGAGGCAAAAUACUAGGAUAGUCACAUACUUUAUUAUUAUAUCUAUAGAUAAUUUUAAGUGUCCUUCAAUUUUUCCCCAAUUAUAUAAAAUACAUUACCUUUAAAGACCUCAUUUUACAAUAGAUUUAAAAAAAAGUGACCUACAACAUUAUUCAGAUUUUUUUUACAUUAUACAUUCUUGGAGGUUGAACUUCAAAUCUCUCCCACAACAAGAUUUACCACAGUUAGACAAUUACCAGCAUAUAUAUACUGGUUGUGUUGCAUAGUAAAUAAACCGGCUAUAUUUAUGUAGUAUUCAUUACAAUAUGUAUGUUUUUCCUAUUGCAACCAAUGUAACAAAAUUUGUGUAAUGUUUCUUUACAUACAAUCCAGCCAUUCACAUCAAACCAUUCUCAAUUACUUUGUUUCCCUCUCUUAGUUUGCAUUUUGCAUUAAUUCUCCAUUAAUUCAGCACAGGAUAUCAACGGGAUACCACGUUGGUGGGGCUUCUAAAGAGUGCAAAUUUCAUUGAAUUCAGAGCACAAGUGUCAGUACUGCAGACAGACAUGCUGUUGUACUUUUUUUGUUGUUGAUGUGGCUGUAAAUGCUUAAUGCCUAUAGCUAGAGGUGGGCAAUAUGACAAUAUUUAAUAUAUUGUGAAAAUAAAACUUUAUGUAUGUAAUUGUGUGAUACACAAUAUACUUUUAUUGUUAGUGCUUAAAGACCUGCACUGACCAACUGCACAUUUCAUUACAGAAAGUAUAAUUAGUCCUGUUUAAUAAAUGCAGCAGAUUCUAGAUAAAAACACUGAACUGUACUAUGGGAUAUUAUUUGAGUAGAAUUUAAUGAAUCUGCUGAUAUUUGUGCACUUUGUCUGCUUUUUGAAAUAUUGUGUAUGGUGAAAAUGUCUUUAAAUUUCGUAAUCUAAUCUUUUACCCAUAUCGCCCAGCCCUACCUAUAGCUGUUAAUGAAAUAGGGGAGAAAAAUGUUUUUUUUUUUUUUUUAAACGUUGAUUAUGAAAGCUUUGCAACAGGUCUCAGAAAAAAAACAAUUAUCUGUGAGCUGCCGUAAUCCUCCCCAAUACGCUCACUCUAUUUUUCUCUAGACAAGUAAAAAGGUGUCUAUGGAUUUAGGUAUAUGUACAUUUUGGUGAUGCUGUAUUUUACCCAAAGAAUAAACUGUAUCAGAAUAUUUUUCCUCCUUAAAACAGGUUUCUGAGCAAGAUUUUAAAAAUCUUCUUCCUCUUUCAAAUGAUAUGAAUCUGUUUGUUGUAAUUCAACGAACAGUAUUUUAGCUGGAGUGCCUGGGACUUACCGAGUCAGUAAGGAUUCAGUAUAUAAUACAGAAUAAAGACCCCUCCAUUUAUGAAGCUAUGAAGCUUAAAAUCUGAGGGUUUUAAAUAUUUGAGCUUGCAUGUGUAUAUUUUCAUUAAAUUGAAUUUUGAUCAAUUUUAAGUGUUUAAUAAUGUAAUUCAUAAAUUUGGGAUGAUUUCUGAUUUUUUACUUGAUUGGAAAAUUUGCUGUUGUUUAAGAAAUUUACAACCAUAAAUGUAUCUUAUAAUUUAAACUUAUCUGUUAUAUCUGGGUUAAAUAUUGAGUUUUAAAUAAAAGAGAUUUGACACAAAAAAACAAUGUAAAAAAAAUUUAUGAAUAUGUUUUACUUGAUCAAGUCAAUUUAAUUUAAAUCUACAAAAUGCUAGUUCUAAUAUGUGUCAGAUUUUAAGCUCUAUAUUCAUUGCCCUCUGUUUUAUCUAUGUGUUUUAAUCACACUAUGAACAAACAUCAUAGCAGAUCUAAAGCUGUUAGAAGUUGCAGAGGAAAGUACAUCACUACUUCUACAGUUAGAUUCAUGGGGCUUUGACAGACACUCCUAUUUUGCUUUAAAGGAGGAAUUUCAAAUAAUUAUAACUGAUUCUUUGCACAGUGGGAUUUUUUCCCCAAUUGAGGUUUAACGUCUAGGACUCCAGUGCUUACAGCAGGGAUAAGGAGGAUUUAGCUCUACCCAAGUAAAGUAUUGUAUUCCUCCGUAUUAAAACUGUUUACUGUGUAUGUACGUCAACCUCAAGUUCAUGUCAAUGCAGUCAUGUGUUGACAUGCGGACCAGUGGCUUAAAUUGUUUAGUGAACCUACCCCCUCCCCAAUCUCAAACGUGUUUUGUGUGCCUUACUAAGGUCAAGUGGCCAUUAAUUUAGAUUAGGUUAAAAUGGUUUUUAGCUGUUUAGAUCUUCCCUGUCCACAUCGUUGUGCCAUUCUGUUGUAAAACUUGUCCCAGUGCCAACCAGUUUACCUGUGCUGUGGAUAUCUGUAUUUCUGAUUUGCAGGUGGAAAAUUGCUUUGUCCCCAUGUGGAAGUUCUUUGAGUUAUUUGUUUUCUGUUUUGUUUUGAAUUGUUGAAAUAGAUCUCUUUUGCUUUAAAGAUCUGUACUUUUGUAAAUGUGGUUAUAAAUGGUAUGUGAGUAAUAAAUGGUGAAUGAUA